GAUCUCAAUUAAAUGUUUUUGAUUGCCAACAAUUUAAUAAAAUCAACAAGAGGUCAACACAAUUGAAAAAAAAUCACAGAAAAACAAUUAAUGAAUAAACAAAAACGAUGAUUGAUUUUUUGUCUACUCGAUUUAGUUUGGAUUGUUCAUCAAAUCAACAAGGUCAGUUAGUUAAUUGUUGACAAUUAACAAUCCUGAUGAACACAAUGAGAUGAACAAAAAAACGAUCAAUUAACGUAAGACUUUUUUUCUCAAUUCCUACAAAUUAUUUAAUUCCCUUCAACAAUUAACUGAUUACACUAACAGAUUGGAACAUUUUUUUUCUCAAUCGUCUUCAUCUUCUUACUAUGUUUCGUCAGCCAACCGAUGAUUUUCAUCUUGAUCAUCAUCUUAAUCAUCAUUAACACGGCGAUUCACUUGAUUUAAUUGUAAUCCAACCUUUCUCUUGAUUCCAUGUGAUUAUAAUCAUGAUUAUCACAUUUUCCCUCCUCUUAACUUGUUUACAAUUAACAAAUUAGCUAGAAAAAAAAAGUUCGUGAGUAGAUAUAAAUCAAAGUGAUGCCAUCGAUUGGGAUUUAAUCAACAAUCGUAAGUGAUUAUCGGAAAGUGAUUAGUUUUUUGAUACUUUGUGUUUGUGAUUGUGUGAUCAACGUAUUGGUGUUAAAUUUGGUUACAAUCAUGAUUUACCUCUCAGUGUUUUCACCGAUCACUUUGUUAAUUAUUGGUGCUAAUUGUGUUCUAAGUGAAAAUAAUUCAUCAACUUCCCCGACAUUAUCACCAUCAUCAUCAACAACACCAUCGACAUUGAGUGAUUUAGUUGUUUCUAAUCCACUUAAAGCUGUUAGUUCAUUAGAUGAUGAUUUAAUUGCUGAAGGAACUCAUCGUCAUUACAAGGAAGAGGUUCAUCAUCAUCAUCAUCACCAUCACCAUGAGCCUCAUCACGCUCAUCAUCAUCACUCUCAUGGUCAUAAACACGGGCACCAUCAUGGUCAUCAACAUGGUCACUCUCAUGGGCAUUCUCAUGGUCACGGACAUGGACAUAAACAUGGUCACAAACACGGACACGAACAUGGCCAUGAACAUGGACAUUCACACAAUCAUGGACACUCUCAUAAACAUGAUCAUGGCCACGACCAUGGUCAUGAACACGGUCACGAGCACGGGCAUGAAGCAGCUCAUAAUCAUGGUCACGAGCAUGGACAUACACACGGUCAUGAACACGAACAUGGACAUGGACACGCGCACGGCCACGAACACGGACAUGAACAUGGUCAUCAGCAUGGACACGAUCAUGAUCAUGCUCAUGAUCAUAAACACCAUCACCAUCAUCACCACAAAGAAAAGAGCAAAAAGUCAGGAUGGUCUGAAGAUGUUCAUGAAAAGGAAUCAAAAUCUCCUGGGAAAAAAACAUCACUAAAGAAAAGCGAUUGGGAUAAAUUGAAAAAGUAUCUUCUCGAUCAAAAUGCUCAAGUAUUCGUAGUUGAAUGACCAAUGGUCAAACUAAGAAAAACCUAAUCAGCUAAUCAUCUUUGUCCAAAUUUUUACACAAAGAAAUUUAAUUUAUUAAUAAUAUUAUCAAACUGUUGAUCGGUUUGAAGUCAACCAUUUAAAACAGAAACCGAAACAAUUGCGUCCAAAAUUUUUCAACAAU